AUGAAGUUCACUUUCGCUACUAUUCUGCUUCCCUAUCUCCUCCACGGUGCUCUGGCAGCGCCUUACAACGUCGAGCGGGACCUCAACGGAGAGCAACAUGAUCUCGCAGACAGAGACUUUGACAUAAGAAAUGCGCUACCUCUAGAAGAAAAUAGCGAGAACACUGGAGGCGUUGCCAAUAAUAAUGCCAAUGCAAAUGGCGAGGCUGCUACCCAGGUAGCCGCUGUGAGUGCUACUCAGACCGCUGGCGCCGGCGCUGCCCAGAGCUCAGCGGCAGCAAAGGAUGGGGCGGCCAAGAAGAAGGGAAAGGGAAAGGGAAAGGCGAAGGGAAAGGCGAAGGGUAAAGGAAAGGGUAAAGCCAAGGGCAAGGGUAAAGCACAGGCCAAUGGGCAGGGCAACGAGGCGGCCGCAAAAGGAGCCAACUAG